AUGUUUCCGCCGGCAAGGCUGCAGCAGCUGCUGCUGUUGUUUCCAAUGCUCGCAUCAUCUCAGUCUAACAACCAAACUCUUGAUGGCACUAUUUAUGUAGAUGGUGGUCGGACUUACGACUUCAGGCCGUACCUCGAAGGUGUGGAUGCAUCUACCAGACUGAAUAAAAGUGGCGUGCAUCCGGGAGGACAAAAUUUCACAAAAUGCUGUUACAAGGCCGUUGCCGCUUACAUCAAAAAUUACCCCGAGAACAGCACGACCAUGAUAUUUGAUCCGAGUCGUACUCAAGGCAAAAUGAGCCUGAUAGCUCCCUCUCGGCUUUAUGACUAUUCCACUCACGGUCAGUUUCCAUGUGGAGCCACCUACAACGGUAGCAACGAGGGUGCUCCCGUGGUCAUGGCCAACUACUCCUGGACGGUAGAGAGUUGUCCCAAUUGGGCUCUCAGCGGCGCAGAUAAUCUCAACGCCUGGCUACAGCCCCUCUCCGGGGUUCUGUUGCCUGCCGUCGUGUUCUGUCUGUCCAUUCCACGUCGUCGAAGGCUCGAAGUGCCGGGCCGAUUGUUUGUCCAAGGUGCUUUAAAGAGAUAUAUGACUCUAGUGUUUGACGCAAUAGUCGCUUUUGCCAUUGUGACCACCGAUACUGUCAUCUGGCUCAGCAUCUGUUUUGCUUUUGCUGGUCCCAUGAUCAUCAGUGGUCUGUACGAGGCCAUGCUCGACAACUACGUGCUGCGAUACCUAACUCGCAAAACACGCAACAGCAGGCUGAGCUUGGAUAUGCGUUGCCGCUGCCUCAUGGUUAUUCUGAUUGGAAACCUGGAUCUUGUGUGGAACACCGACAUAGAAAACAGCGGUGGCGGUUUCGUCACCGAUGGUGCCGACCGCUCGGACGUUCAUUUGAGCAACAACAGAUCCGAGAUUCCUCUGGGCGAGAUUAGAUCAAGGAGCUCGUUACUUCCAACAAUACAACAACCCAAUCCCACUGCUGUCGUUCUGGCUUCUCCUUGGAUGCACAUGGAGCAGUUUCUUUACGACCUUCGUCUACACGACGACGACUUUAAAUCGAGAGGACAUUCACCGCGCCAACAUUCUCACGGGGAAGGGGAAUUAGGAGCGAAAUGUCUGCUGGGACAGAACUGUCCUGACAAGACCCAUUACAAGAUGCCGAUCCAGCGGACGCCAGAUAUUCACAGGAAGAUUCAUGACGUCAAAACACAACUAAAGACGAUGCUGCUGUGUCAAUAUUCGUUCGGCUCCAUCGUAGGCGCCCCGGUAAUAUUGGCGCUGGCCUUUGGUCAAUGGUAUAUGACAAUCCCUCAUAUUGCUAUCGUCUCCGGCCUUCUGCUAGCCGGAAACAAUCCCAACAUUCUAGAGGGAGUACUUCAUAUGAACGGCGAGUACGAAGAAGAUAACAAGAUAGUUCUCGGCUUUAAGUACGGCCUUGCCUUCCCUUCGUGCUACAAAGUGGCCUGGCUGUGGAAUCGCGGCCACAACAAGAAAAACUGGCUCAAAACGCUAGUUGACACUUACUUGAAACAAAAACGGCCCAAUUCAAAGGAAUUGGACGUCGACGAUGACAUGCUCCAGCUUCAACAGCGAACGACCCUGUCGUUCCUCGACUGGGCUCUUCUUCUUUUCUUGACUAUAUUACUUCUUAGCCUGCCGUGCGUUCUAGCCCUUCUGACAGCAUAUUUCACACCCGUAGUCGGCGUGUCAUGCCGGGCUAUCACAAUCACAAUGUACCUCUCUGCUCAGAUUGGUCAAAUCAUACUCUGGCUGUGGGCAUAUGCCGGUCCGCUAGCUGUGAUAGACGUCUAUGGUCUAAGCUUUUUCUUCACCGGCGGCUGGUUGGAUAGAAACGGCUUUUAUCGUCCGUAUGAUGUGCGUUGGCUAGCUGGCAACGACGGUUUGGCACACAACCCGAUCAAGCUGAUGCGCAUACUAUGGAGUAAAGGACGAGGACUUCUUUGCUGGCAGUUUCUAUGGAAUUGUCUCUACUAUCUCGGCCAGUGGUUACUGGGUGGUUUCGGCGUUCUGGCCGCCAUUGGCGGUACCUUGAUGCAGCUGAUGGGCGUUUACUCGGCCGACGUCUGCCGCGUCACCACACCGAACUGGAGUAAAAAUGACAUUCACCGGGCUGAUGUCCUUCUCUCGCAAAACACAGCGAAAAUGAUUCGCCUCUCCAGAAGCACGUGGAUACCGUUUGCCUCCACAGCCAUUGGCUUUAUGAGUGCUGUCAGCUUUGUUGGAUGGUUGUAUCAGCGUCGUAUGCGCAAUGUUUUCCUAAAAUUGGCCACACGUAUCGACGACAACGAGUGUCAAGAAGCCAAGUGGUCCCAUCCGGAACCAGCCAAAGCAGAAGAACACAAGGGUGAAAGCUUUUUGAAGACGCCUGUUGGUGGCGAGACAGAAUUACUUCUGCAGGAUCUGGAAACAAUGGGCGAUAGUGGCAAUACUUCUGGAAAGCCUCGGUAG